UUAGACGGAUAACUCUGCAAAACUUCAAGAUCCAUCCAAAUUUGGAAAUACUUGAAGCUGCACAUAAAGUCACAAGGAAGUCAUGCCAACGGACCUAUCGGAUCGCAAUUAUCCUGUAGAGAGCGAUGGUGAAGACAUAAAGGGAUCAGUUAGUGCAGGGACAUCGUCAUUUUCGUUGGAUAUAACUGCCAGAGGCCGACCAUUGAUCAUUUUCAAAGGAUAUGAGCAUCGUCAAGUUCGAGUUGACCAAGCGCGUAAUUUGAAAGCUUAUCGAUGUAUCAAGAAAAAAUGUAAAGGACGUUUACAUACUGAUUAUAAUGAUACGAACGUAAGGAUUGUUAGCGAACACGUUCAUGAACCAAAUUUCGAUGCCGAAUUUAAGCGACGAAGACGUACGCUGCUUCGAGAAUUGGCUCAAAAGGGUAAUGUCUCACCAUCUCAGAUAAUCCAGAAAGCUCGGGAUCUCGAAAUGCAAUACCAUGAUGUUUGUGAGUCUACAAAAACGAGUUAUGCUGCUGAAAGACGAUAUAUUCAACGUUACUGGAAUCGGCAAAAGCAGCAGGAACUGUGCAAUGGAAACGGAUUAUUGCCAGUAAAACAGCAGAUAAUGGAUUGUAAUAAUGACUUAAAAAUAGAACAAGAGGAAGAUGACAGAGGUGUAGAGGAAGAAUCUUCUGAUGUGCGGUCAUUGUUUCCGGGUGAUUCGGUUCAGAUGGCCGAACAUUACAAUCAAUUCUUACAAAUGACCACUAAUGGUAUAUCUAAUGGCAAUAGUGCUUCAGCGAUGAACGUUUAUCUGAACUUGUUACUACAACAGAUGCUUUCAAAUGUAGUCGGAAAUAGCUCCAACAACAGCUUUCAAGAGGCAGAUGAUUAUUGUUCAUCAAAUUCCUCACAUCAAGAUCAGUUUUCAUCGUUAAGCAUAAAACAGACGUUAAUUGAUGAGGAAAUUCAAAUGAGUAACGAUGAUUCCGGAAUUCCUGCACCUUUUCAUGAUGCCACGGUAAGUGACACAUUAGCUUUAGAGCUUGGAACCAUCCUGGCAAAGAAAUUCUGGCCCCAGCAUUAUUUGCGCGAAGAUAAACUUAAACUUAUGGUUGAUGUUAUUGGUAAGCUGCUUGAUUGCUGUUAAUUCCAUUUUACAUUACGAAGUAACGCUAUGUCUCAGUAUCAUUGUUCUGCAGUGUACGAAUAUUUCGAAUUUUCUGUAACUUCCAGUAAAAAGCAGAAAUGAAAAGUGCUCAUAAUUGCGGUCUCAGG